AUGACGAACUGUAUGUGCUACUCACUGCGGAAAACAGAGGCUUUUGAGUGUCUUUUAUCUGCUAUGUACAACAGACCGUACUCUCCUUCAACCGUCGCCGACCUAAACACGAUCAUUCAGCUUGCUGAAUUCUACCGCGCUCUCCCAAUACUGUCCGCAACCAUGACACCGGCUCUUUUGAAGAGUGCAAUGUUCAAUUCACGCAACGCUAUGUGUAGAUUCCUCAAUCUCAGCAGAGAGGUGAUACAAGUUGCCAAACAGCUUCGCAAUACGGACUUGUUCCGAGAAUGUUUUGUUCACGAGGUUGGAAAGUACGAUGCUGGAGAUGAGACGAACCAUCUGCUCGAUGAUGACAUCCAUCAGCUUAUCCGGAGAGAGCACAGUGUCAUAUGCAAGAGAAUCAUGAGGACGCAGAGCAGGCUUCUGCUUCGGUACCAGAGGUUUCCCAUAUGGAUAAGCCCCGACAUGGCGAUGGUCAUUGACCUGGAAGAUAAUCCCACUCGAACUGCAGAUUUCUUCAGAGCAGUGAAGUGUCAAGUGGAUAGCCUCAGCGUCACAACAAGAUGGGCCGGAGGCCACCUGGAUCCGUAUAUGAAAAUGGCAAAGUCUGAAUUGGACGGCUUGAUGCGGAACAACUUGCGACUGGAUCGCACCAAUUUUGGGUCCGCGUCAGAUCACAACGAUGAUUAUUUUUUGUGUGCAGAUAUCAAGGAUGAUGAAAUGCCGUGGGACUCUGGUGUGAUCGACUGGUGA